CAGUCCGUUUCUUCAUUUAGCCUUGUUAUUCUAACUUUCUAUUAACGAGCUUGAUGGUUAAUUUAUCAGUCUAGCAUUACUGCAUUAAGAUCUUAUGGUUGAAAUAGUUGUGAACAAGAAAUGAUAAAAGUACCUACGACAGUAUGCUGAACGUUCUGACGAUAGGAUAGCAUAGGACUUGCAUGAAAACAGAGUUGAUACUGUGAUAUGUCUGCAAGUGAACUCGUAUGAUAUUUCUGGAUACAUGGGAUUCAACAUUAAGUCUGGAAGUACGGUAGUUAAGUGAAGAAAUUUCGAUCAAAUAGAUCUAGACAAAACUUUUGUUACUGAGACACAAAUCCAUGUAUUUGCAUAUUAAUAAUUCUAUUUUGGGACUAUAUGGAUAGAUUGGUGGAUUACUUUGCCGUUGUUGGAUACGACUUCAUUAACAAAGAUUCUCCUGAUGCAAUCAAAGGAAAAGUAAUUACAAGGAUUCCAGAACAAGAUUGGAAAGAUGAACCAUUUAUUACUGGAAUCGAAUUGUUUUGUCAACCAACUGGAUGGUUUCUCUCUAAAGAAAAACAACCUCCAAAGUAUUUCGUAUCAGUGUUAACUGAUGCUUAUGGUAAAAGGCACUACUGCGCUGUCUUAUCUUUUUCUGAACCUCUUCAUGAACAUAGUGGAACAUCUCCAUUACCACCUCAUCUUAAUAAUGAGAGGCCAGUAAGAAAAGGAAGUAAAAGGUUGAGUAGUAGCUCGCCAAUUUGUGGGAAUUAUGAAGAAAUGAUCGAUGAAUCUAUGUGUCAAGUUGAAGGCAGCAUUGAUGAUACCGACUGUAAUGGGCUGAAAGCAUCAGCUGGAGAUCAUAAUAAUGAAACUCAGGACGAGUUUUCACCAAUGUGCUUGGUUUUAUUGUCAAGAUAUCAGGAGUUCACAGUUCUUAAGAAUUGUCUUGGCCUGAUAUACACUAUAUAUAUUGAAGGACUUUCUGUUUCAUUAGAAACUGUUGUUGCCAAUUUACUUGCCGUUCAUGUUCCACCCAGAGGGUCUUCAAUUUUUCGAUUUUCUAUCGGAGCUGCUGAUAAACAAGCAAUACAAUCUCCUCAAUAUGAGGAAUUGCCAAUUACAAGAUCUUCUGUUUCGACGCUUUUGCACCAACUAGGUAUUUUAAAUGUGAUGAAUAUUCUUUGUGCCGCUCUCGUUGAUCAGAAACUUUUGUUUUAUUCCUGCAGUUUUACAAGAUUAACUGAAUCUUGCAAUGCACUCACUGCUCUAAUGUUUCCUUUUUCAUAUAGUUAUCCUUAUAUUCCGAUUCUUCCACAAAAGUUGCUCGAAUGCACGUCGUCUCCAACACCUUUUUUAAUUGGAGUGCAUUCAAGUUUGAAAUCUGAGCUGUAUGAUUUGCCGAUGGACGUAGUGACAGUAGAUCUGGACGGUGGCGUGAUUUCAGUACCAGAAGGUACCAGCAUACCUGGCAUUCCAGAGCCGUACUACACUCGCGCUGUGGAACUGUUAACUAAGGUUCUAUGUCCUGAUCUAGCUGUUGCAGAUUAUGCAUAUCCACCUGAACACAUCAACACAUCUGAACCUGAAAAAUUGGACAAAGAAAUUCGUGCAAUAUUUUUGAGAUUAUUUUGCCAAUUAUUAAUGGGAUACAGAUCAUGCCUACAAGUUUGCAGAAUACAUCCUCGGCCUAUCAUUCGAUUUCAAAAAGAUUUGUUCUUGAACGUAAGAGGUUAUGAUCGAAUUGACUCCGGUAUUUCAGCGGAAUUUAUGCCAAAACUUGUGGAAAGCCAAGCAUUCUCUCUUUUUGUACAAGAAGAAGGCCCUCCAUAUAGAAGGUUGAACAUAUUCGAUCGUGAAGUAGCUAAAAUGCCAGAACAAAUGAAAAAAGAAGGUGGAGAUAUCAGUAAAGCAUUGCGGCACAUUAAAGAUAUUGCAUAUGAAUUGGAUAAAAAUGAACGACCAACUUCAUCUCCGCCGUUACAAAAGGUCCCAAAACCAACUGAUGGUGCCUAUCUCAGACCUAAUCAGUUAAAGUUUCCGAGGCUUAGUCCUACUGCCGUUCAAACUUUUAUGACAGAUAAAGCUAAUAAUUUGAAAAAUGAAUUCAAAAAUAUAAAACCUACGGAACGGCCGAGCAUUCGUGUACCGGACGGGGCGCAGAUGAGCACUUUCUCUCCUCGCUCAAACACACUCACGACGAGUAGCAGAAGACUUGAAGUUUUGAGGAGUUGCGUGCAAUUUAUAUUUGAAAAUAGAACAUUAGAAACUAAGAAAAUAUUUUCUGCAGUUUUAAGAGCACUGAAAAAUCGUUCCGUCAGAGAAGCACUAACGCAAGAACUAAUAAAGUAUGCAAAACUGAAGCCACAGCUCGACAACCAACAAUUUGGCUACAUUGCACGACUUUGCAAUUCGGCAUUAGACGAUUGCAGCAGUGAAGAUGAUGAAUACAUUGUAGCUGCGGAUCUCUUGCCAGCAUUGUUGGCAUUUUACAGGAAAUUAUGCCCUACUGUGAUGCAGUUUUUGUACACCGUGGUGCAAGAACAUGCUGUCUGGUCAUCCAUCGAAUUUUGGGAAUACACUUUUUUUUCUGAUGUACAGAAUGAGAUGUGUCGUUUAUAUCAAUUGAAGAAACACGGAAGCAGAACUGUCAUACAAAGGGGUGACAUGAAAUCGAAAGAUACUUCGAAUUUAAAGCAUGAGAACGUAGUUGCUGUAGCUUCAGCAAUGAAAAGAAAUGCAUCGGCAGAAAACAUUGCCAAGUUCGAACAAAAUAAAGAGAAGAAUACAUCCUAUGAUGGGAGAGACAACGCAGCUUGUCUUGAGAUAGCUGCCACUGAAUUGAGAGAUUUAGUGAUCAAGAGUGAAAAAGAAAAAAAGGAUCUUGCGUUAGCCGAAGAAGGAGUAAUUGUCGGACAAAUUCAACAUGUUUCACAACGAAUGGUUUUUAUGCUUGUACCUCUUGAUAUCGGUGACGGGAAAGUUCAAAUGAAAUUUUUGAGAAAUUCAGGCCGAUUAAAUGAAGAUAGCAGUAAUAGUUUCUUUACGAGCAGUUUGGGUGGAUCUGUCAAUGGAAGCAUAGAUGAUGACAGUUUUGCUUAUCAGUCUGACGGAGGAGAUGUCAAAAGCGUCAUCUCUAAAUUUGUGUCAAUGUUUGUUGAUCGAACGUGCAGUGAGACUGGGAUUUCAGCAGACUUCUCGAAAUCACUUCUAAAUAAAGUUCCCAGUUUGGUUUUAAUGCAGCAUGAAUCUUUGCAUGACGUUUCACGAGAGAGCAAGAGGCUUCCUCCAAUAAAAAAGGCAAAAUUAUUACAACCGACUUUGUUACCUGGAGAGACUUUGUAUACACAACAAACAUUGCGAGCAUAUCUUUCUGGUGACGGUCGCAUGAUUGCUACUGGUGGUUCUCUUGGUGGUCCUUCACUUCUUCCAGCAGAGGGAGCUAUAUUUGUUUCAAACUAUAGGAUUAUGUUCAUCGGAAUACCAUGUGAUACAUUAGCGUCUGAGCAAGUUGUCAUCAGAUCAUUUCCAAUAUCGGGAUUGCAUAAAGUGAAACAGUUUUCUGACAACGAUAAAAUUAAAGAACGGAAAAUAGAAUCACAUGUACAGCAUUGGUGCGUACUCUACUCUACGACAUUUCAAUUAUUUUAUAUCGGGUUCGAUGAGGACGUCACCGACGAACAAAGAGAAACGUUUGAAGAGAAAAUACUCGCUUUGAGGAAUCCUGCCACAAUCGAAGGAACUUUUGCAAUUCGAGCGACCUCAAGAGUGACCUCUUCAAGGUCGCCAACUCGCGGCGGCAAGAAAACGACAAAAGAUGGGAAAUCGCCUGAAAAGAAGCAGAUGUAUGGAGAGCGGACACAUACAAAGCAUGGAGCGAAACAUCUUGUCAAGCAAGCGAAGAGAAAAGCGGGAAUGACGUUAGGAAAACAACCCCGAUUAUCUCGAUUAAUGAUGACAGAUAGUCGUACGAAAACUUUGUAUUUCUCUCCAACUUCAGAACAUAAUGAUUCGAUGGAUUCUACAUUGACAAGACCACAAACGGCUGGCACUAUGGAUCGGUUAUCUUCGGUCGAUGAAACAUUGAAAAAGACAUUGUCUGACAGAGGAACGAUGGAUAUGUUAUUUCAACGCGGAUGCAGAAACGAUUAUCGUCGUAUGAAAUUGAUUGGUGGAAUGAACGAACAAUUUAGAUUAACAACAGUAAAUAGAAUGUUCUCUGUAUGUAGAAGUUAUCCAGUCUGUUCAAUUGUACCAAAGUCAAUUGCAGAUGACAGUGUGAGAUCAUUGUCUCAUUGUCAUCAUCUCAAUCGAUUUCCUGCAGUAACAUGGAUGCAUCCUACAACGAAAGCUGUGCUGGUGAGAGCAGGGGCAAUUCGCUCACGAACAAUCACAGCUGUAUUUAAACAUGGCCAAACAUCCCAACCGCUGUCAGAUGAAGGAACUCUUGGUUCGUCCGCUGAAGAAGAACGUUUUUUGGGAGCAAUCAUAGACUCGUCUAAAAAUUCGUCUCCGACAAAAGUUUAUCGACCCGAUUCUUUGUUAUUUAACGCAAGUGAUGAUGAACCGCCAAGGUCACCAAAACUAAAAGGGAACAAUGGUUUUGCCAACUCGUUUCGAGAAAAUCGACCAGAAAGCAUUUCAGGGUUGAAAUCUGUAAAAAAAUGGGGAACACUCAGUCGUGCAACAGGAAAGCCAGAAAUGAACUCGUAUUCAAAGACUGGAGCUCGACUUCCCCUCGAUCGAUCUGGCAAUGGAACAUUAAAUGUUCCUGGCUCAGCUGCUACUGUUAAUUAUAAAGCAAUGGCAAGAAAAUCUCAGCUUUAUGUUUUUGCUGAAAAAUCACUGUUGAAAAGUUUGAAGCAAGAACAACAAGGAAGGGUUGAAUUUGUUCCAAUUGAUGUACCGGAGCCAAAACAAGUUCGAUUGUCAUUUAAAAGUUUAUUAAAAGUAUGUCUUCCUGUCGAUCCACCCCCUCAACCACAAUCAGCGCAAUCCGCUCUCGAUGACAACCAACAGUUUCGAAAAGGGGUCGAAGAAUCGGGAUGGCUUCAACAGAUAUCUUCAUUGCUAUCUGUCUCGGGAGCUGUUGUUGAUAUUCUGGACACGCAAGGUUCAUCGGUUGUCAUAGCGAUGGAAGAUGGUUGGGAUGUCACACCUCAGUUGACAGCGCUUGCACAGAUAAUGUCAGAUCCGUACUAUAGAACCAUCGAAGGAUUUCAGAUUUUAAUCCAAAAAGAAUGGUUAUCUUUCGGACAUCGAUUCAGUCAUCGGAAUCAUUUUAACGAAACGAUAUCGAGUGGUUUUACUCCUAUAUUUUUACAGUUUCUUGAUUGCGUUUAUCAAAUUUUGCACCAGUUUCCUCUUGCUUUCGAAUUUAAUUCCAUGCUCAUACAAACUAUUGCAUUUCAUUGCACUUCCAAUAGAUUUAACACGUUUAUUCUUGACUCGGAUUUUGAAAGAUUAGAAGCAGGAAUCCUUCUUGACACAAAAUAUGACAGAAGAAAUACUUCUUCCUCUGUAUCACCUGAUCAAAAGACAUCUGAUAAUGACUCUCAAGGCUCUCGUACAAAAUCUCCACGAAACAUCAAAUCAUUAUGGGAAUAUAUUGAUCUCGCUCAUGAACGUUCGACUGUUUUCGUAAACACUUUAUACUGCCCUGAUCAUCUCACACAAAACGUACUCCGUCCUGUAUCAUCAAUAUGUCGAUUGCGCAUCUGGCCAUAUUACACACAGGAAUGGUUGGGAGAUUGUCCUCAGUAUGACGGUCUACUCGGAGAAUUAAGCAGCACUGGAACAAGACAUAACGAACAGGAACAAGAGGCGAGCGAGGCGUGGGAAGGUCAAUCUGGAAGACGAAUAAUCAAUCGAUGUUAUGACAACACCAAUGAAGUUCAACCUGAUUCAAUUUGUUCUCUUGUUCAGCAAAUCGAACAUUUGCAAAAUGAGCUUGGAAAGCCGAACGAAUCGUGGAAAGAUAUUUGGAUAUCAGCAAUGACGACAAAAAGAAUAAAAUAUCGUGUUCCGUCGCCAACACAUGCAGCAAGAGAACAAGCUAAGUUAAUACACAAACGAUCAACUGUUGAUAUUAUUGUAAAGAGUCUUGAGAUUGUUCCAACAUCAGAUUUUGGUCCUGGGAUCCGAACCUUUUCAUUUUUGAAUACAUUCAAUCCUAUGCGUUCAAAUAAAGAGGACACAAUAGCAGAAACAUCGUCAUUAGUGUCCGAAAUGGGAACGUUACGUCCGGAAAAUGAAGAUAAUUUCGAUACAGCAUCAUUAUAUCACUUCCAAAGCAAUUCAUCUGAAGUUCGAACAUAUGAAGGCGUUUUAUAUAAACAGGGAGCUUAUAUGAAGAGUUGGAAGCAAAGAUAUUUCGUCUUGGAUUCAACGAAACAUCAGCUACGCCAGUACGAAUCGAAGCUGGAUGUAACUUGCAAAAGUAUUUUCGAUUUAAAAGAAGUCAUAUCAGUAUGUCUCAUCGACAGUGUUUCCAGUCCACCCAAAACGGUUGAAGAUAAAUCAUUUUUCGAGAUAAAAACUGCCAAAAGAGUUUAUCAUUUUAUUGCUGAGAGUAAUGAAGCCGCAGUAAAGUGGAUUGAUGUUUUGCAAAACGCAUUGGAGGCUUGAUAUAUUUAAAGUCAACACAACCAAGCAUUUGGAAAUCAGGAUCACUGAAUGCUUUUCAUCACAAUUAAGUUAUGUUGAACACAGGCCAUAGAUUUUUUAAGUUACUUCUCAGGUUAAAAUACGAAAGCGCGAAUAUCUGAAUUUUUUACCAUGACAUCCUCUCGAGGAAAUUCAGUUAUGGAGAGUUCAGUUUCAUCAAGUACUCCAAUGCUUUUAGGCCAUAGUAAAUUAGAUUGUUUAAAAUAUGUUGCGAUGGUACAAUAUGCUUACGGAAGUGUAAGAUUAUUAUUGCACAGUUUUCUUAUUUCAAACAUUCAUUAUGACAUUGUAUUACCAGCGCUUCAAAUUUCAUUAGUAGCUAGUAGGGUUGGGCAUUUUCGAAUACCUGAUGAUUUCAGAAUUUAAUCGAAUAUUUUUUUCCAAUCGAAUCUCGAAUACUUGGGAUAUAUAUAAUUGUAUGUGAUUUUUUUAUUGUAAUUGGUCCUGUCAACAAAUGAAUUACUGAAAACAUCACUCAGACAGAUUGCUUAGCGUCCACACACGAUAAGAAACACAUUUAUCAGUAACUCACUACAAAAAAUAGUCAUGUGUCAGAAUAGCGUUGGGAAUUUACCUCAACCAUUGGCAGAAAAAACAAAACAAGAUGGCAGCAAUUCAAAAUUUUGCUCUGAACUGAUUCGGAUAGUUUACUAUUCGAUUCAAAAUGCCCAGCCCUUGUAGCCAGUAAUCAUGAUUCCUCUUGUCAAGAAGUCACAACUGUUUGGGAUCUUAUAAAUAGUGUUUCUUAUUUUUUUCUAAUACAGUGAUGAAGGAUUCGUGUUGUGUUAUUUACUACUAGAAAAUGGGUGUUAUGUAGUUAUAUAAAACAGUAGAAUAGCAGGUGUUACUUUGAAAUAAAAAAAUGGUAAUAAUAAUCAUCUCUUUUUAUACUUAUUUUCUUUUGUUCUAUUUUGUGAAUAUUAUUUUUUGUUCAAUUUGAAGAUGGUUUUAUCAUUUUUAUGUCUUCCUUUCACAAAUUAAGUAAUAUUAUAUGUCUAUAUGGUUUCAUCUUGUCAGCUGGGCCAGAUGUGAUGAAAUUGAGUUUAUUGUUUAUGUUAAGUCGAUAAUAUGAAGCUUAUUGCACAUCCUUUUGCAUGGUGGUGUCAAAAAUGGAAGUAUGAGUGUCUAAGGACGGACUACCUGUUUUCUUUUUCAGCGCCACCUGUCAUAUUUAAACAGUUUUUCUUUUCCAGCGCUUUUUGCUGCUUUUAGAGAAUCUUUUGAAUUUAUUAUUGAUAAGCAGAAAUAAAAUAUAAAUUAGGCCAUU